CGGCCGCCCGCGCCGGCGGCAGAGCGCGGGGAGCCGGGAGCGCGCGCAGCGGCGGGAGCGCCGCGCACCGCACGGGUGUUGGUGGGCGCAGCGCGGCGUGUACAGCUGGGUGGAAAAGAUGUUUGGCUUUCACAAACCGAAGAUGUACCGGAGUAUAGAGGGCUGCUGUAUUUGCAGAGCUAAGUCUUCCAGUUCUCGCUUCACUGACAGCAAACGUUAUGAAAAGGAUUUCCAGAAUUGUUUUGGGCUCCAUGAGGCUCGCUCAGGAGAUAUUUGCAAUGCCUGUGUUCUUUUGGUGAAAAGAUGGAAAAAAUUGCCAGCAGGAUCCAAAAAAAACUGGAAUCACGUGGUAGAUGCCAGGGCUGGACCCAGCCUUAAAACAACAUUGAAACCAAAGAAAAUGAAGACUCUCUCUGGAAGCAGAAUAAAGAGCAAUCAAAUCAGCAAACUGCAAAAGGAAUUCAAGCGGCACAAUUCUGAUGCCCACAGCACAACUUCAAGUGCCUCCCCAGCUCAGUCGCCCUGUUACAGUAACCAGUCGGACGAUGGCUCUGACACGGAGCUGAGCACUGGGGCCAGCAGAACACCGGUGUUCUCCUUCCUAGAUCUCACCUACUGGAAAAGGCAAAAGGUCUGCUGUGGAAUUAUUUACAAAGGGCGUUUUGGAGAAGUCCUCAUAGACACUCAUCUCUUCAAACCUUGCUGUAGCAAUAAAAAGUCUGCCACUGAAAAGCCAGAACAAGAAGGACCCCAAUCUCCAGCAAUCUCCACCCAAGAGGAGUGGUGACUUCCUUGGAUAGCUGCAGAAGGUUAUACAGAUCCUCUUAUUCUCUGGAAAAAUACUAGAAAAGUGACUGUUCACUUUGGACACCUGCUAUGCUGCCAAAAGACUAUUCCCUGGAACUGUUUUGGGUUUUACUGCUACGAUUCCACAAACUCUGAAGCCAGUUUGUAUCCUUUCAGAAAGACUGUACAUAAUAUUUAAGAUGCUAUGGAACACUUGGCAAAGCUGAAUGCUGCUGCAAGGUUGUCUAAUUUUCCCCCACACUCACUUCCCAAGUGAAUAUGAGGAUGGGGUUUGUAUAUUAAAGUAUAUGUAGUUCAUGUUUCUGUACUGAAAGAAGCAGUGGUUGUAAGCCUUUUGGUUUUUUUUUUUUUUUUUUAUUUCUUUAAAAAUUGGUUGGCAAACUUCCUAAAUUCCCAAGAAAAUAUUUCAUUCUUAGACAUGUAUGAGUCAAUAAGAUGAACUAAUACAUAGAAAUGUUAUAAGUCACCUCUCUAGUUAUAUAAAUAUAUAUUUUUAAAGGUGUGGCGAUUUCACCCUGUACUACUGACAUAACAAAGACAAAUAUUCCAUCCCUCCCAUGUGACACAGACUGGUAAUCUGCAGACAUCCCUACUUCAAGUGGCAGCUAUCUCAGAAGGCCUCCAGCAUAAAAGUGCUCUUGAGAAGGGGUGGGAGAGCUCCCCACCUCAGCUAAGGAUUAUGACUUACCUAAGAACUGAACAUAGCAAAAUGGGAGGUUACUUUUUCUAAAGCCAGCAGCAGGUACCCUGGGCUUGGUGUAGUAACCCCUGGUGGUUUAGGGCUGGACCAAGAAACCCCUUGAUGCCCAAGUCAGGUGUAGAUGGCAGCCAAAACUAACUGCUCUCUGUAGGCCCAGUGCAGCUGAAAUGUGACCACAAACAAAACUCCUGGUUUUGGACCUGACAAAGAACUAAACCCCUUGCUAAGCAAAUUAGGCUCUGGUCCAGGGACAAAAUCUGGUUGCAGCCUGGGGUUUGGAUUCACAAUAACUGUUUGUUUGUUUAAGCAACUGCCAGGUCAACACUUUCAUGAAUACUGAAUCUGAAAAGUUCUGCUAAGAAUGGUGCUGUGCUGAAUCAAGGCAGCAGCUCUGUUUGCAUAUGUGAUCAAAAGAUAAUACUUUCUGCACAGAUUCCCAGACAAACUCAUGUGCAAAUCGUUGUGACACUCCUUCAAAUUCUGCUUUGCCUCUAGGCUGGAAGCAGCUGCCUGGAAGGUUGUGCUGCAGUUUUAGCUCCCAGUUGCUUCACGUUCCUUUUAUGAAGGUUUUACUUGUGUGAGUUGGGAAUUCUGCUUUUUGUUUGGUUGGUUUUUUCCUGGUUUUAAGGGGAGGGAGGGUUGGUUUUUUAUUAUUACUCUCUUGGGAUAUCCUACAAUGGAUUGCUACAUGGUGUGAUUCUUGUGGUGUCCUGUGUAGGGCCAGGAGUUGGAGUCGGUCCUGAUGGGUCCCUCAACUAAGCAUAUUCUAUGAUUCUAAGCUUUCCUUUUUUGUGAGAGUCAUUGGCAUAAUACUGUGGUGGGUAGGGUUUAGGACUGGAUUUCCAUGUAGCCUCCUGGGAAUACUUAGCAAAUGAAAAUAUAGAUAGGGAAAGAUAUGCAGGUUUUAAGAGGAGCCUCUACCCUCAAAGCUUUUUUUUUUCUUUCUUUUUUCCUCUCCUUUUGGGUCAUCCAAUCUCUGGAGAGAAAGAAAAUCAGGGGAAACAGGGCUUUGACUUAUCACAGCCUUACAGCUUAGAGCUUUCCUUGGACUCAUUUUGCUUUUCCUAAACUCUGGGGCUCUUAAGGGAGGACAAAGCUGCUUACCUUGCUUUUAUUCUCAGCCAAAUAGAAUCAUUCAGGUUGGAAAAGACCUAAGCCCAUUGAGUCCAGCCAUACAAUGGAUACUUGAUUGUAUAAAGGCAUAACUAGCUUGAUCAUGUCUAAUAAGGGCUUGAGCAAGAGUCCUCACUGUGUUUGCAGACACCUAUUUCAUGUGAAUUUGUGUUUUCAGCAUCAGUAAUUCUGUACACCUAAGAAGGCUGCAGUGUUGGUGGUAGGAUGUGCUCUGAUACGGAUCAUCUCUUCUGUAUUUAUUUAUUUAUUGCUAGAUUUCAACUGCCAAUUGCUUCCCCUACUCCCUCCCACCUCUUCCAUUCCUGGUAGUAAUGCAAAAUGAGUAGUUAUGCACUUUGUAUUAAUGUAUUAGAAAUCUAUGGAACCUGUUUUGUACUUUUAUACUGUUCAGACACUUGUAAUCCAAACUUUGUUUUUACUAGGGUAAUGAAUAAAUUUAGUCUUAUUUAGAAAAUAA